CUCUCACUCUCCCCCCCCCCCUUCCCCCUCCCCCCUUCGCCAACAUGCUUUCUGCCACCACCACCUCCCUGCGCGGUUCGGUGCUCCGUAUGCGCCCGGCCAUGAUGGUCACUCGCAUGAUGUCCUACAACAGCAUGGACCACGGCUCUCACGAGCAGAACUCUCACGAGCAGAACUCUCACGAGCAGGACUCUCACGAGCAGGGCUCUCACGGCCAGGGCUUUGACCAUUCGGUUGGCCAGGCUCAGGAGCAGGGCCCCGUCGGUGGCCAUGAGCAGAUCACUGCCCAGUCUCUCGGCAUCCCGCACCUUGGCGGUUCCACUUCCUUCAACCGUGUGACCCUCCUGGGCAACAUCGGCCGUGACCCGGAGGUCCGUACCACCACCUCUGGCACUGAGUUCCUGCGCUUCAGCGUUGCCACCCACGAGUUCCGCGGUGAGACCGAGUGGCAUCGUAUCAUUGUCUUCAACAACAACAUUGUUGAGCGCUUCAAGCGCGGUAACUUCCUGGGCCGUGGGUCCCAGGUCCUCCUGGAGGGCACUCUGCGUACCACCCAGAUCCGCCUGUCCAACGGCGAGACCUACCCCCAGGCGUCGAUCAUCAUCAACUCCUCUGGCGGCUCCCUCACCCCGAUGCGCAUGCGUCCGCGUAUCCCCUUCAACGCUGCUGAGCGUGGCGGCCACGCCAACCAGCAGGCGGAUUCCAUCGUCCCUGAUGCCAUGGGUCACCUUCCCGACUCGACUGUCACCUAUUACUCGGACACCCACAACUCCGAGAACUCUGGUGAGACUCAGGGGCAGGACUUCCAGAACCGCUUCUAAGAGAUAUCCGGUCCUCCGUCCCGCUCGCCCAAUCUGUCGGUCGUUGCCUUUCGUAUGUAUGGAGGGGCAAAGGUGGCAUGAACGCGCACCGACCCCCGUCCCCCCCCCCCCCCC